CGCGCCACUUCUGAGUCCGGACACUUCGGCAUCCGUUAGAGCUUUGAUCCCAAACAGCUUCAUCACAACACCAAAAAUGAGUGUGGUAUUGAAGUCGUGGACCGCUAUCUUUACCCUGUUCCUGUGCGUUCUCCUGUAUCUCAGCACCGUGGUGGAUGCCUAUCCGCCAAAACCGGAGAACCCCGGAGAGAACGCGGCACCCGAGGAGCUCGCAAAAUACUACACUGCUCUCAGACAUUACAUCAACCUCAUCACCCGGCAAAGGUAUGGAAAGAGGUCGACUCAGGAGGGAAUUCUGACAGACCUGCUGUUCGGAGACAGCAAUGACCACAACCAGGGAUCAAGGUACGAGGAGUCGUUCAUGUGGUGAUGUUCGCCGCCCCCCACCUCCCACCACACCUCGCUGGUCUCCUGUGCCUCAUUCUCCAGGCCCUGCACCCUAACACCACCCGACGGUCGUUCUUCAUCCUCCUCCUCCUCCUCCUUCUCCACAUCUCUCUUCAUCGACGCAUCGAACUGUACAUAAUU